GAUUAUAAGAACUCGGUGAUAAUAGCGCUUGUUCAUUGUUCUCAUAGCAGUUCGAAAUGGGGUAUAAUAAAGGAUUAAAAUUAGGUACAGCGUUUACCAUAUUAAUAGUUUUAGUUGCAAUUUAUUAUAGAAAUUCGGAAAAUGUUCUCCAAAAACGUUUGCAAGCUUUGAUUCAUGGUUUAGAAAAACUUGAAAAUAAACAUGUGAUGACUUCACGACCAAAAGUAGCAAUAGGUUAUGGUGUAUGUACUGAUGUAUAUAUCAAUGCUAAAGAUUUAUUGAAUUAUUCUGAAAAAAUUGGGCAACCGCAACAUUUCGAUGAAAUCAAUACAGAAUUAGAACUUUUAAAAAGUUUUGCCUAUUAUUUUCGACAUGGAGCUGCUGCAGAAAGAUACAUGGCAAAUAGAACAUUGUUUGAUGAACUUGUUACCAAAGCUCGUUCAUUUCCUUCUUCUUAUACUACUAUUGGUGGUAAUGCAGCAAUUAUGGCACUAAGAUUUGCAAGAGAAGGAUGUGAUGUGACACUUGCUGCAAAAUUAACGAGAUCUUUACAUCAAAUGAUACCACAAGUUAUUAAUAUCGUAGGAGGUGAAGUGAAAAGAGAUGACAUUCACUUAGUAAUAGAAUAUAAACAUGGAGAUAUUUGGGGUCCAUAUUCUAGUGCCAGAGCUAAUAGGUACAUAAUUCACAAUGAUGCCAAUAAUCCUAGGAUUAGUUCUCUUGAUGCAUUUGAUAAUCUUUUGUUAAUGUAUGAGCCUAAUUUACUUGUUAUUAGUGGUCUACAAAUGAUGGAUAAUUAUCCAUUUCCUGAAGGUGAUAGACAAAAACUUUUACAUAAGAUAAAAAAGCAAAUGAUGAAUCGAUCUGUAUCAACUAAAAUUCACUUUGAAAUGGCUUCAUUCGCAGAAGAUAAAUUCCUUUUUGAAUUAUGUGAUUCGAUAAUACCAUAUGCUGAUAGUUUAGGGAUGAAUGAACAAGAAAUAGCUAAUUUGCAUAAUGCAAUGUAUUAUGGAAAUAUUUCAUUAGUAGCAAAUUCAACACCACGUAUAGCAACAGUUUUAGAUCAAAUGCGAACAUUAUUUAAAUUGAUACGUAUGAGAAGCAAAACUAUUGAAAAUUCUCGAGAAUUAACUAGAAUUCAUGUACAUACAUUAGCCUAUCAAGCUAUAUUUACUGUUAAAAGUUCCAUAUGGAAAAAUACUAUGGCUGCAGCAGCUAAAGCUUCACUGACAGCUCAUAGACAUGUAUGUGCAACAAGUUAUAUGAUAGUUUUUCGACAUCAAUUGUUGAUGGUACUCGAAUAGCUCUAGAUAUUGACAAACCAGUAUCUUGUUGGGAUGAAAUAUUAAAAAUAGGAAACAAAGAUAUCCCUAUUCAAGUAUGUGUUGCACCAGUAUUAGUUUGUACUGAAGCGGCACAAACUGCUGGCGGUGGAGAUAAUAUUUCAAGUGCGGGUCUUGUAUUACAAAUCUAAAGUAUUUUAUAUUUUCAAAAUAGUUGAAUGACACUGAAUUUUCGUAUUAGUUUAAGGCAAUCACGAAAUCUAAAAUAUUAGAUUUCUUUAUAUCAUCAGCUUUGAAAUUCUAGAUUAUAGAAUUCAUUCCAUAAAAUAUCAUUCCAUUAUGGUCCAAAAUAUAUUAUUUUCUGAUAAACGUAUGUUUAGAAAUUAAAAAAUGACAUUAUUUUGUUAUUUUAUUCUGUUAUGAAAUAUGUUAAAAAUCAACAAAACUUAGAAUUAGUAUCAAAAUAAUGAUAUUAAUGAUUUUAUCUAUUUAUAUAUCUUAAUUAAAAAUAUAUAGAUAUUUUAUCUUUUCAUGCAUAAUAAAAGACAUAUUGAAAUCAUGCAUAAUAUCAAAUGAUAUCAAAAAGAAAGUAAUAAAAAAAUUUUAUAUAUAUAUCGCGUAAAGUUUUUAGUAUAAUUUAUAUAUAUAUAUAUAUCUUUGAAGUAACUUUUAACUAAAUAUUAUUUCGUGUAUAAGUUGUUUUAAUAAUCAUUUUUAAAAUUAAAACUAAUAAAUUAUUAUUAUUUAUGUUUUAUAUAUAUAUAUAUAUAUAUAUAUAUAUAUAUAUAUAUAUAUAUAUAUAUAUAUUCUAUGUUUAUACGUUUUACAUAAUAUCAUUAACAUUAUCAUCAUAAUAUAUUGAUAUGAAAAUAAUAUUAUGUUUCUAAAUAAUUCUUAUAUAAUAUUUAAGAAAUUGUGAAAUAUUGUGUAUCAAUAUUAGGCACACAUACACACAUAUAUGUAUUACUUAUUUUCAAUAUACAUAUAAUUCAUGUAUAUUAUAUUGUGCUAUGCAACAUUUAUAUUUCAUAUUUAAUGAUUAUUGGCAAAAAAAUAUUAUAUCAUUAAAUCAUCUAUUGUAUGGAAAUCAUAUAUUGUCAAAGUCAAAUUGUUUAUGAUGUGUGAGGGAGGAAAGGGGAAAGAGAGAGGAAAAUAUAGCCUUUAAAUAGAUAUAUAAAAUAAUUUUCAAAUGAAAAAAUGAAAUACAAAGAAAAAAAUAAACAAAGCAUAGUUUUAAAUAGUGCAAUAAAAGUGUUUUUUUGUAUUACUUAAUUGUAUAACAUCAAGUCUUAUUUCACAUAAUUUCGUUAUUUAUUGAUGAAAUAUUAUUUAUAAAUCAAUCAAUUUUACACUUCAAAUUUUUUUCUAAACACUGUCUUUAUACUGCACUUAAUAACAUUGAAUGUAAAUAUGUUUUCAAUAAUUAAAAACAUUGAUUACUUA